CAAGUCGGGACAGUUCAGCUCGUCUUGGAGGGAGCCGCUCGUUUCUAUGCUCGCGGAACAAUGUAGCGAAUACUUUGCGACGACAACAACAACAACAACAACAACACGUCGUGUUUUUGCGAUUGUCAACAGGAGCAUCGAUGUAGUUCUAAAGAAGAUAGUCCCCCCCCGCCCCUUAAAACAUAUUUUUUAUUAUAUCAAGAUGCAGCCAUAAACUUUUUUUUUUCGCGAGGUGGAAGUUGAUUAUUUUUUUCCCUCCAGUCCAAACUGUUCGAGUCGGGAUGUGAAGCAGCGGCCCGCAGCAGCGCGAGAGAUGGGCAAAUGGGAGCUGACGAUGAACCCAGUGCAGGAGUGGGGUGAGGAGUUCGAGGACGGAGCGGUUUAUGGGAUCACUCUGCGCCGGGAGCCCGUCCCCUCCGACGCCGACCCCAUCGAGGAGAAUCCGUGCUGCGCUUUCGUGCAUUACCGAACCUGCAAGGUGCGGCGUCUGAAGGCCGCCACCCUGGAGCUCCUGGUGAACCAGCUCUUCGACCCCGGCAGCCAGGAGCAGGACUACGGCAGGAUCUUCCUCUCCACGUACAGAACCUUCACCGGCACCUCAAAGCUCAUAGAGCUGCUGUUCCAGAGAGACAAUGCCGUCUCUGAUGUGGACAACAGUGAAAGCUACAGUAGCCCUCUGUUGGCCUUCGUCCAGACAUGGUUGGAUGAGUACAGUGAGGACUUCAGGGAUCCUCCUUUGCACCCGGCACUUAGGCUGCUGUUGGAUCACCUGAGGAUCAGCUCUGCAGUUCACAACGACAUGCGCAGUCAGCCCAACUUCAGCUCGCUGGCUGGGCAAGCUGACGCACUGCUCAAGAGGUUCCAGAGAGAAGCAGAAACCGAGACAAAUGUUCCUCCCGCCCCGGCAGACACGGAGCAGGAUGAGGAGGGUUCUGGUGAUGAGGAUUCGGGAUGGGAACCCUCUCCGGAUCCAGGUGGCAUCAUGGAUUUCUCUGCUGCAGCCAUCGCCGAACAGCUCACCCGAACGGACUCCGCUCUGUUCGUCAAAGUGGUGCCAUACCAGUGUCUGGGCUGCGUGUGGUCGCAAAGAAGCAAGAAGGAAAACAUGUCGCCAACCAUCCGAGCCACCGUCGCACAGUUCAACGCCAUCACCAGCCAGGUCAUCAUGUCGCUGCUCUGCCGGCCGACAGACGCCACCUCCGGCCUGCCGCCCACGACACCGGCUCAAAGGGCCCGCAUCAUAGAGAAGUGGAUCCGAGUAGCCCAGGAUUGUCGUCGGCUAAAGAACUUCUCCUCUCUCAAGGCGCUCCUGUCGGCCCUUCAGUCCAACGCCGUUUACAUGCUGAGGAAGACCUGGGCUGCUGUCAGCAGGGAUAGCAUGGCCACGUUCGAUAACCUCUGGGAAACCUUCCCCGAUGAGAACUGUGUUCUGACCAACAGAGAGAUCCUGGUCGAGGACGGAAGUCAAGCGACCGCGGAUAAAAUGUCUCCAAAGAUAUCCAAGCGAUGUCCGACCCCAAGACAGAUGAGCUCCUCCAGUGGGUCGGUUCCUUACCUCGGCACCUAUCUGACCGUCCUCACCAUGCUGGACACCGCUCUGCUGGACACAGUGGAGGGCGGCCUCAUUAACUUUGAGAAGAGGAGGAGGGAGUUUGAGGUUCUGUCUCAGAUCCGUGUGCUGCAGGCGUCCUGCUCCCAGUACAGCCUGCCCCAUCACCCCAGGAUCGCCGCCUGGCUGCGGGGUCACAAGCUGCUCACCGACCAGGAGAGCUACGAGCUGUCCAGACAGCUGGAGCCUCCGCUGGACGUGUGCUCGCCGACUCCCUGGGGCCACCGCACACUCUCAAAGAAGCUCUCCUCGUGAGUACGGUGCACACACACUCACUAACACACACUCACAAACACACUCACU